AUGGUAGGCAGCACGCUCACCACACAUGCCGCAGUUCAAGACGACGGCUUAAUCCUUUACUUCAGUUUCGAUUCAGAAAAAGGCGGAAAGAUUAUAGAUGAAACCGGUGGCAAAAAUGAUGGUGACCUGGUUGAUGGCGCGAAAAUUGUCACCGAUGAGGUUGUCCACGGCAAAGGCGCGAUAUUAUUCGACGGACCCGGUGACAGUGUGACAGUUGAUACCUUCAAAGAGUUAGAAGAUUAUACGGAUAACUCCUUUCUCUUCUGGCUCAACUUCACUAAAGCGAACUCCGGUGGCUGGGAUCAAAUUAUCGCGAAAAAGGCACCUGGCUCCGACCGUUCACCCGGUAUAUGGACCUGUAACCGUGUGCCUCUGCACAUCCACUAUCGGUUUGAACCUGGUAACCAGGGCACAAAUUGCGCAGGUCCUGAUGGAGAAAACGAUACGUUUGAAAUCGGCGAAUGGUAUCAUAUCGCAGGUGUUAAAGAAGAUGCCAAGUUGGCGUUCUAUGUCAAUGGCAAAAAAGUCGCGGAACCGGGUGUCCCGAAAGAGCAUAGGCAAGGAGCAGAGAAAAUGUAUAUCGGUAAAACGGGUUAUCAAUCUGCGAAGUUCUACCUUGAUGAUCUCUAUGUCUACGAUAGGGCAGUUGAUGCCGACGAGGUUGAAGAUAUUAUGGAUGGCAAACUCCUGCCUGUUGAACCGGAGGACAAACUCGCCACGACGUGGGGACAAAUGAAGACGCGUCGUGAUUAA